AGAGCGGCGUCCCCGCAAACCGGCCCCUACUCUCCCACAGCGCCCAUGACUCACAGGCGGCUUUGAGGGCGGAGCGGGAGCCGGUCCACCCAGAGUCCCUACCCUGACUGCGGGCCAAUCGGGGUAGAAGAAGGAGGAAGAAGAGGAGGAGGAACCGGCAGGUCCCUUCAGCCGCCCUCCCGCGGGACGAGGGGAGCUGGGAGGCGGGGCUGUGUGAGGAGGCCAGGCUUCAGCUCCGCGCCUUCGCCAUGUCUGAGGAUGGAGCCGCCAAGCUGCGCCUCAAACCCAGGAAAGAGCCAGCGGCCUGGAGCCAGUAGCAUCCCCGGCGGCGCCAGUCAUUGACUGACAGCUGCUCCUGGUUUGAAAAAGAAGACUUAAAUGAGUGUGAAGAACCAUGGGGUUUGUUACUGAAAGGCAUCAGUCAAGAUUCCCAAUGCGCAGACUGGCAGGCAGUGCCCAGGUUUCCCGAGUUCUUCGGAAAGAUCAAGCCAAACAUGUGGUUGAGGAAGACGCAGAAGCUAUUUCAAAACCAGAUGCAAGUCUCAAGUCAUGUAAACUCACUUGGCACAGGAGUUCUGUGCAUCACUUGGCAUUGCCACAAUGCUCUGCAAAAGCUUUGAGCUAUCAACAGCAUUGCAGAGGGACUGCACAGAACAGCAUGGAAAAUGGAGAUCAUGGAAAAGAGCUUCAGCUACAAACACAUCAAGGGGAUGUUUCCUUUGGAGAGGCCAGAUGCUCAUCUGCAGAAGAGAACCUGCCUCUUGCAAGUGUACCUCAAAUAAAGAGCUGCAAGGAAGAAACAGAAAAUCAGGGUGAAGGAGCUCCAACUCUUGACAGUUGUCCCAUGUGCCUCAUUUGCUUUAGUGGAAUGCUGUCACAACAGGACAUUGAUGGCCACCUUGCUAUGUGCUUGUCUGAAAGUACAGAUGAUGUAAUGUGGUAAAUCCUAAAUCCAGAAGAAUGAAGAGCAAAGGAACCCAGCCAAGGAGGAUCCUCUCUCGUAAGAAAAGGGAAAAUGUGUGGUGGAAGCACAUCCUUGUCUCACACCAGUCACCUAGC